GGACGACUUGUUAUUGAACUUUUUGACAAAGACUGUCCUAAGACCUGUGAGAACUUUGCUACACUUUGCAAAGGUGGCAAAAUCGGGAAAAGUUCAAAAAAACCACUUCACUACAAGGGAACUUUGAUGUUUCGCCUUUCCCCAAACUUUAUGGUUCAAGGUGGUGAUGUAACAAGAGGUGAUGGAUCAGGAGGAGACAGCAUAUAUAAUGGAAAAUUUAACGAUGAGAAGCCAGGCUUAUCAAAGCAAUAUUCGCAGUGUGGAAUGGUUGCUAUGGCAAACUCUGGCAAGAACUCGAAUACAUCUCAGUUUUUUAUUACUCUUGGAGAUAAAGACACGAAUCCAGCUCAGUUUGGAAAGAUUAACGGCAAAUAUGUUAUAUUUGGUCGUGUAAUUGAUGGCCUGGAGGUUUUGACUGAAAUCAACAAUGUAUCAGUUCAGGGCGAGAAACCCCUCACUAAUAUCACUAUUGUGGACUGCGGU